CUUUAUUCAACCAAACUCACAAUUCCAACUUAUUCCGACUACAUUCCUGCUACUUCUUCCAUUAUUGUCGCUGCUACUACACGGUCAGGAUGUCGUGCGCUCCAGGCAAAAAGCGGGGACUUGAAAGCGGCAGCAAAUUUCUCAACUGGGUCGUCAUGGACAGAGUCGGCGCCGGGGCGUUUGGAGAAGUCUAUCGUGUUCGAGGAAGUGCCAACCAAGUGUACGCGCUGAAGACGGAGCACUGUGAUGCUGAGCAUAAUGUGCUGAUGAUGGACGUCACGGUUCUUCAGGACGCUGGUCGACAACAAUUCAAGCACUUUGCAAGGAUAAUCGAAAGCGGACGCUAUCGCAACGACUUCUUCUAUCUGGUUAUGACGCUUCUUGGAAAGUCCCUGCACGAUCUGCGGAAGGCGCGCAAGUCUGAAUGCUUCACAAAGGGCACUGCUAUUUCAGCGGCAAUACAGACCUUGGAGGCAAUCGAGGAGCUCCACAAGAUAGGCUACCUGCAUCGGGACAUAAAGCCUGGCAACUACUCUAUUGGCCUUCCGGACCGCAAAGGAGAUGUUCGCAACAUCUACAUUCUGGAUUUUGGCAUGUGCCGUCGCUACGUCCGAGAUGACAACACCCUUCGUCGACCACGUUCCGCGGCGGGCUUUCGAGGAACACCAAGAUACGCAGCACUUCGCUGUCAUAUGAACAUGGAAUACUGCCGAGCCGACGACGUCGAAUCAUGGAUCUACAUGAUUGUCGAGAUGACGACCGCCGGAAUCCCAUGGCGCCGGAUCCAGAACAUGAGUGAGCUUGGUGAACAGAAGCGCCGCGUCCACGCCCUGGAACCGGGAAUGGUGAGAGAUCUCUUCAAUGGAUGCCCGCCGGAAUAUGGAGCCAUUCUGCAGAAUGUGAUCCAGCUUGGCUACUACGACGUCCCGCACUAUCAAGACUAUUACGAUCAGCUGAAACAAGCAUUGGCGGCGCCGGGGGUAAAAGAAUUCCCCUAUGACUGGGAGGACAAGAGGAAGGGCAGCAGCAGGAAGACCAAGUGAUGAGAGGAAAGAUGUCUCUGAGAAAGCACAAGAAGAAUCAGACAAAAUUCAUUCGCUGAUGUAUAAAAUAUAUAUAAAUAACAUUAUCUCACUUUGUAUUGUUGCUAAUUCAAAUAUUUUUGUAUCGUUUCAUGUAU